AUGAUUAGAAGGGACCUUCUAACUUUACUGGAGCAUGACAAUUCUAAGUAUCCGCUUGAUAAUAAAGUGAAUAAGGAGAAAAAGAAUGGAAUCAAGCGGGCUCUAAAUGGGUCUACUGUCCCUGUGAAUAAGGAAAUGACUGAUAGGCCCAUUGUUUGUGCGGCAAUGGGACAUGAAAAUGAACCUCUUGACGAAUUUAUUGAAGCACACAGAACCUGUUUCAAUGAUCUUAUGUACUUUCCUACUGGUAAUGCGUAUGGUCUUUCUAGUGUUGCUGGGAACAUGGAAAAGGUAGCAGCUUUACAAAAUGAAUUUGAGAAUAUGAGAAACAAAUUGGAUGAUGGUAAUGAGAAGAUGGUACGGUUUGAGAAGAAGGUGAUGGUUCUCACACAAGGUUAUGAGCUUGGGUUAAUUUUCAGUAAUGAGGGUAAAAGCCUCUGGCCACAAGUUGAGGCCACUUUCAAGCAGAUGGACAUAGCUGCAACUGAAUUAGAAUGCUUUAAAGUUUUGCAAAAGCAGGAGCAAUUAGCAGCAUCAAAUAGAAUAACCAAUCUAUGGGCUGAAGUACAGAAGCAAAAGGAACUUGAGAAAACUUUGCAAAAUAGGUACGGGAGUCUAAUUGAGGAGCUGGAGAAGAUGCAAAAUAUCAUGGACCAAUGCAGAUUACAAGCACAACAAGAAGAAGAAAUUGAAGCACACAACCAUGCUCCUGAGUCAAUUGAGACCAAGACCGAUGAAACUGAUGUACAGAGAAUUGUGAAGUUGUUCCUCACUCGGCGGAGGAUGGAAAUGCUCAAACAGUAG